AGUGGUCAACAAUUCAACAAUGCACCAAUAAGUUUUGUGGGUAUUUGUCACAAAUUGAUUCAAUGAAUCAAAGUGGUAUGACCGAGGAAGACAAGCUUAAUAAGGCAAGACAACAGUAUCAAACACGCCAAGGUUCCACAUUUUUAUAUGAACAUUGUUGGAAUCUUUUGAAGCACUCGCCAAAAUGGUUGCAUACUAUUCAAGAGCAUAAACCAAAAAGAGGGAGACUUGAGACAAUAUCUUCAUCUUCUAAUCUAGAGCCAAUAGAUUUAGAGGAUGAAGAUAUCCCACAUGUUCCUAAUGUAUUGGAGAAACCACCAAGCAAGAAGACUGAGAAAGAAAGAGUGAAAAAACAAAAGAGCAAAGAAGGUACAUCUUCAAAUAUGGAAGCCUUAUUAAAUGUCAUGAUGGAAGAAAGAAGAAAAAUGAAUGAGAUGAAAAUAGCUGCUAUUGAAAAAGGAUGUCUUGCAAACCAUGAGCAAGAGAUGGCACGAAUUCAUCUCAAGGAUAGACAACUUACAAUAGCACAAAUGAAAAUGGAAUUGGAAAUGGAAAAAUUGAAAGAGGAUAGGGAAAUAGAAAAAUUGAGAUUGGAGAAUAUGAAGGAGGAAAAAGAGAUUAUAAUGAUGGAUGUAAGUGCGUUGCCUCCAAUACAACAAGAAUAUAUUCAUCAAUGCCAAAUAGAAAUCCUUGAAAAGUGAAGGAAUUAGCUUGACAUGGGGUGCUCCUGUUUUGUAUGAUUAAGAGAGCGCUUAAAACUUUUUUUUGUUACAAUAUGAUUCUACUGACUAAGGUUAUAUGUUGGGUCACUCACUUUGUUUUGUUGCAAUGUGAU